AUUUUUAAAUCCUACCCUCGUAGAAACAUAUUAUAUGCUCCAACUGGUUAUAAAUGGCGUGGAUAGCAGGGCUCUUCAUUUCAUUUUCUACCUUGCCUUGCCUCCCUACUCUCACCUCAUUUCACAUAAAUAUGGUUGUUCCAACCAAAAAAGCUAUGAACCAAAGGCUUGCGUCGUGGACGUUGGUUGUUGGGUUGUUUGUAGUAUCGUGUGUGGCAGAGCUUGAGCGGUUUGAACACGCAGGCAAACCAGAUGGGUCUCUGAGCUUCUUGGUGGUCGGAGAUUGGGGAAGGAGAGGACACUAUAACCAAUCUCAAGUUGCUUUUCAGAUGGGGAAAAUUGGAGAGCAAUUAGAUAUCGACUUCAUAAUCUCAACCGGCGAUAAUUUUUACGACAAUGGUUUGACCGGCGUUGACGAUCCAUUGUUCCAUCAAUCCUUCACUGAUAUUUAUACAGCUCCCAGCUUGCAAAAACAAUGGUACAAUGUGUUGGGUAAUCAUGAUUACAGGGGCAACGCUGAGGCUCAAUUAAGUCCCAUCCUCACAAAGAUGGAUAACAGAUGGCUUUGUUUGAGAUAUUUUGUCCUCAAUGCUGGACCUGAAAUAGCAGAAUUUUUCUUUGUGGACACUACUCCAUUCGUAACCAAAUACUUCACUGACCCGGAAGAUCAUGUUUAUGACUGGAAAGCCAUAUUACCCAGAGAGAAAUACCUUAACAAUCUUUUGAUGGAAGUGGAAUCGGCAUUAGGAGAAUCCAGGGCAAAGUGGAAGAUAGUAGUAGGUCACCAUGCAAUCAAGAGUGCAGGACACCAUGGGAACGCUAAGGAGCUCAACAUUCAUCUCCUUCCACUUCUUCAGACAUACGACGUUGAUCUUUAUAUUAAUGGGCAUGACCAUUGCUUACAGCACAUAAGCAGCAGUGACAGUGGAACCCAAUUCAUGACAAGUGGAGGGGGAUCAAAGGCAUGGAGGGGAGACGUGAGUUGGUGGAAUCCACAAGAACUGAAAUUUUAUCAUGAUGGACAAGGUUUCAUGUCAGUGGAAAUGACUCCCACUGAAGUUAGCAUUAAAUUCUAUGACGUUUUUGGUAAUGUUUUGCACAAUUGGAGCAGUUCCAAGCAACUUUCUUUUGCUAUCUAAGCCAACGUUUUAAGCCUUUAAAACACCUUCCAUUGCCUGACCAAGGAGCUGCAAUAUCAGAAGCAGGGGAAAUGAAUAGGAGACGAACUCUGUUAAUAUGUUUUCUUUGGUACAAGAAAUUUAGAUUUGGAAGUAUAAGCGUAUGUUAUUUUUAAAAUUAUAUGCAAGAAUCAAGUAAGCUAAACUUUUAUUGUGUUGAA